CUCCCAUUUGUCAUCUUAUCUUCUGGAAAUACUGGGAAAGUGAGCAGUCCGUUAAUUUCUAGAUAAAUCGUCUUGGUGGAGUUCUUCAGCUUCCGCCAUCAAUGGCACUAACCCAGAUCGUGAAUCCCAUCAGAUGCCCUUCUCCCACAAUUCCACGGCGUUUCACGGCGAUCUCGCCAUUGAAAACCCUAAACCCCCAAGGCAAACUCUUCCUUCCUUCUGUUUCCUCGAUUUGGGAUGCCAUAACCGAAUUUAGUAGCCAUCACCACAAGGCAAACAAAUGUUCUCGGACAAGUGUUCACUCCUCGUCUAAUCUCAUCAUCAACCCUUCCGUUCUCUUCAUUAGUAGCGGCUUCGAUGGUGGUGGAUUCGUCGAUACGCAAACCUUCAUUGUUACCAUCAGUCUCGUCGUUGCCAUUGCUCUCUCUCUCUUCCUCGGCUUCAAGGGAGACCCAGUUCCUUGUGAGAGAUGUGGUGGAAAUGGUGGAACAAAAUGUGUUUUCUGUCAAGAAGGUAAGAUGAAGGUGGAAUCUGGAAUGGUUAACUGCAAGAUUUGCAAAGGAUCAGGUUUGAUUUUCUGCAAGAAAUGUGGAGGUUCCGGAUAUCGUCGCCGUUUAUAAAUAAUAGAAUAAAUCCUUAAUAUCGCAAUGAAAUUGUUUUCGACAUUGGUCUUUUUGGACUACUUGAUAACAUUUCUAACUUGUUUAUAGUAUAAUGAUAGUAUAGAGCAUUACAUGUUUAAUAUGUGAUCCUCAGUUUUUUCCAUUUCACUUGUUAGAUCAGUUCCAAUACAAGCAAGUUAUUGA